UGGGCCCUGUUUAUGCCCUUCUGGGGAUCCCACCCCACGCAGUGCCUUCCCAGCCUGCACUGAAGUGAUCGUCCCUCAAAGCCGGUGAGAACAGAGGCUGGUGGACUAUCUGAAGAAACCAAGAUGUCUGCAGCUCUGGAACAGCCUCCUGGGCAAGUGGAGGACCCAGUCAUGCCCCAACCCUCACAGUGGCCUCCCCUCCAUUGUGGACCCUGCAUCCCCAUCAUGCUGGCCCUGGCUUUAGUGGCUGCUAUCUUCCUACUGGCCACAGCUGUGCUGGCUGAACGCCUUUUCCGCCGUUCUCUCAGAUCAGAUCCUGGUGUCCGGGGGCCUAGCUUGGUCUGGCGCCCAGGAGGGGAGCUGUGGAUCGAGCCUGUGGGGACACCCCAUGAACGAUCUGAAGACUGGUAUGGCGCAACAGCUCCGCUUCUGUACUCCCAGGUUACUGAGCCCCAUAUUCUUGGGGGCACUUUGGAGGUCCGGGCCACAGCACCCCCCAUUCCAGAUUCUCCUAUCUGUCCCUCAGUUCCACUCCAGUCUCCUGAGUCCCCUGCCAGCACAUUCUGCAUAACAAAUCCUUGGGAAGAAAGGCCUCAGACUACUGGUUUGGUAAGUUGGUUUGAGCCACAGCCAGCAUCAGAACCCUUACCCCCACCAUUUUAUGGCAUCCGAAGGCCUGGGAGCCCUGAGCCUGACUGGAGCCUACAGCCACGGGUAACCCUGGAGCAGAUUUCAGCUUUUUGGAGAAGAGAGAACAGGGUGCGUGGAGGCCCCUGAAUAAUGGGGCAUUGGGCGUGCCCCAUUCCCACUAAGUUUCCACAGAGAACUUCCUCUAUAUUGAAAGCCUGUAGGAAGCUGAACCUACAGAGGGUCAUGUGACACUGGGGGCCCAUGGACACAGGACUCUGGACCACACCUUUGGAUCCUAGACCAUCCUUCAAAGAAGAGAGAUAGGAUCCGGAAAGGACGCUUAAGAAUUGAGUGCUGAACAUUUUUAAGAACAUCAAGAUAUCUUUCUUCUGGACUCUGAGAGUCAGGCUGGGCAUGGACAGAGUGCUCACUCAAGUAGAGCCAAAUGGAUCCCUUGCUCACCCUGUGAUGAGGUUUAUCCCUUGAGGUGCCACCUCUAACUUGAAUGGCUGGCAGAGGUGGGGCCAAUGCCAGUAGAUGCUAGUAUAACUGUAAAGACAUCAGAGCAAGAGCAUCAGGUGUGUGAAAUGUAGGAAAUGGACAAUUCUCUUUCCCUUCUUUCCUUUGCACUCAGUCUCCCACCUGCUGUUCCUUCCCAACCUGCUUGUCCCUUUACCUAUUGUGAAUAGACCUCUUUCCAAGCACAUAUAAUUCCCCCUUCUGUAGACAAAAGCAAUUUUACCUUCAUAACUUGUAAACGUGAUACUCGUCGAUGUUAGUGUGUGACGGACAGAAGCAAAUGGCUAACUUCAGUUCUGUCCCAGUUCUUAGGGCUAGGAGGGGUUUUGGAGACCAUCAUAUCCAUCCCUCUCAUUUCAUAGAUGAAUGAACUGCAGCCUGAAGGAGAGGGAUUUGCCUAGGUUUACAUAGCCAGCUCGUGUCAGACCCCAGGUUUCCUAACUUCUAGGUCGGGCAUCUUUCCAUCAUAUCUUCAUGAAGGAGAGAUGAAGGAAGGCGUGUACAAGUGGAGCUCAAGAUAGUAUUACAGAAGGAGGUAGGGAAGCUAAGCUAGGCCUAAGAAGGCUAGUCCAGGGAAAUACUGGUGUUAGGGGGUGGGAGAUGGUUGGAGUUGAGGGCAGUGCCUGCUUACACGGAGGACUUUCCUUCCCUGGAGAACAUGUAGCUGGAGAUGAUAACUUGUCUGGAUGCGAAAGGGGAAUUAAAGUAGAAAAGGUUUCUUCAAGAGGAAUUCAAUUUGGCAAAAACACUUAUUCAUUGCCUGUUAUGUACUGUGCUGUGUGUUGAGGUCACUACACAAAUAAGAUGUGUGAUCUUUGUCCUCAAAUAGCUUACAAUCUAAUAGAAGGGAUACAACACAUGUACCUCAAUAAAUUCUAUGAUAAAGGUCAUUUCA